GGGUGCUUAGAACAAAGAGGAAGUGAAUGGAAGGGGAAGCAGCCAGAGAGGAGGCAGUGCCUGCACAGGCAAAGCCUGCAGACAGUGGCUGGAGCCAGGAUGGACAAGAAGAAAGGGCACCCAGAGAUGCUGAUACCUCUCCAGACAGCAGUGGAGGUCCCUGACUGGCCUUGUUCCACUUCACCUCAUGAUCCACACAACGGACUUAGCAUGGUACUGGGGAUGCUGGCUGUACUGGGAUUCAGCUCUGUGACUCUCAUCUUGUUCCUGUGGCAAGGGCCUACUUCUUUCACCAGUCAUCACAUGCUCCCUGAGGAAGUGCCCUCCUGGUCCUGGGAGACCCCGAAAGGAGCCACUGAGCAGCAGAGUAACUCCUGUCAGCUCAUCCUUGUGGAAAGUGUCCCAGAGGACUUGCCAUUUGCAGCUGGCAGCCCCACUGCCCAGCCCCUGGCCCAGGCUUGGCUGCAGCUUCUUGACACUGCUCAGGAGAGCGUCCACAUCGCCUCAUACUACUGGUCCCUCACUGGACUGGACAUUGGAGUCAAUGACUCGUCUUCUCGGCAGGGAGAGGCCCUUCUACAGAAGCUACAACAGCUCCUUCUCAGGAACGUCUCUGUGGUGGUGGCCACCCACAGCCCAACAUUAGCCAAGACAUCCACUGAUCUCCAGGUCUUGGCUGCCCACGGUGCCCAGAUACGACAGAUUCCCAUGAAACAACUUACUGGGGGUGUCCUACACUCCAAAUUCUGGGUUGUGGAUGGGCAGCACGUUUACGUGGGCAGCGCCAACAUGGACUGGCGGUCCCUGGCUCAGGUGAAAGAGCUUGGUGUUCUCAUCUACAACUGCAGCCACCUGGCUCAAGACCUUGAGAAAACAUUCCAGACCUACUGGGUGCUAGGGACUCCCCGAGCUGUUCUCCCUAAAACCUGGCCUCGGAACUUCUCAUCCCACAUCAACCGCUUCCAUCCCUUGCGGGGUCUCUUUGAUGGGGUUCCUACCACAGCCUACUUCUCGGCCUCCCCGCCCUCCCUCUGUCCCCAUGGCCGUACCCGGGAUCUGGACGCAGUGUUGGGAGUGAUGGAGGGUGCUCGCCAGUUCAUCUAUGUCUCGGUGAUGGAGUACUUCCCUACCACGCGCUUCACUCACCCUGCCAGGUACUGGCCCGUGCUGGACAACGCACUUCGGGCAGCGGCCUUCAAUAAGGGCGUACAUGUGCGCUUACUGGUCAGCUGCUGGUUCAACACAGACCCCACCAUGUUUGCUUAUCUGAGGUCCCUGCAGGCUUUCAGUAACCCCUCGGCUGGCAUCUCCGUGGAUGUGAAAGUCUUCAUUGUGCCUGUGGGAAAUCACUCCAACAUCCCAUUCAGCCGCGUGAACCACAGCAAGUUCAUGGUCACAGACAAGAUGGCCUACAUAGGCACCUCUAACUGGUCAGAAGACUACUUCAGCAGCACCGCUGGUGUGGGCCUGAUUGUCAGCCAGAAGACCCCUAGUGCCCAGCCAGGCGCGACCGCCGUGCAGGAACAGCUGAGGCAGCUCUUUGAACGGGACUGGAGUUCCCACUAUGCUAUGGGCCUGGACAGACAAGUCCCGAGCCAGGACUGCGCCUGGUAGGGCUGAGGGUUGAUCCCUUUGACUCUGGCCUACAGCUCUAGGUGGACACUGAUACCCACCAGGCUUCCAUCUACCCAAGCUCAGAAACUGAGAAAGCAAAAGACCAUCAUCACCACUGGGGGCCUGAGACUGUCAUCUGACAAACAGCUUCCGGCAGAGUUCUUGAUGAAGCCUCUGGCUUUUAAAUGAAGAGGAGGCUAAGGCAGAGGAAGGCACACAGCGACAUGGAAAGAAAACAACUACAUAUAAGUGACCCAGAACCCGGUUGUUCCUCCCUGACCUACCUAUGAUGAGUGGCUAGGGCCGCUCCCAGAUGUGAUGUUGGUGCUGUCCAGCUACAACCCCUAAUAAAACCCUGCCACUGGCUUGCAGACUCGAUCCA